AUUGAACAAAAAAGCACCAAUCCCAAACCACGUAACGUCUUUGCCUGUAUCGCAAAUCACAAGAUCCCUGUUCCAAUGACAUUAGAGGCAGAGAAAAUAACGGCGCCAUUACCAUCUCUCACAUGUGAAAAUUGUGGUGUCACUGUUAGCCAAUACCUCUUACAAACGAGAGUACAGAGAGAAGUUACCACUAGUUUUCUGAUGGAGAAUCAAGUCGUGUUACCAAAGGAUUCCUCAAAAGUCAGACUCACUGGUAACUGUGUCAGCUUUCUUCCUGGCAGUGAAACAUCAGAUGUAAACUUUAGACUUGGCAUGGACCCUUACGAACAGAACUUGUGGAAGAUGACUUUUGUUGAAGGGUCACCAUCCAAUAUCUCCAUUUUCUUACUAGCUGGAGGAGAUGGCAACCUAUAUCAUAACAUAGAUUUGAAGACAAAAGAGCUGAGUGCUGGUAGUUUGGAUACCUCCCACAAAAAGGUGGCGGCGACCCUCCCAUCUGUUCAGAUGGGGGAUACAUUGACCCUCCAACUGACUCCAGGAUCUGUUCUUGAAGGAACGUGUUUCUACUCUAUAAGUGUCUUGAUAGGGGAACAGCUUGUAGCAUCAGUCCGAAUUAUAGCAAGAAAAAUAAACCUGAGACUUACUGGAAAACAUAUGGCAGAUUCAACAACCACAGUGAUGAUGCAUGGACUCCUGCCUGUGCCUUCAAAAUCCACUGCAGUUGUUGAAGGAAUGCGACUUGAGGCGUUGGACCGUCUUAACCCUUCACUUGUUUGUGUUGCAACAGUUUCACAGAUUAAUGAAACAGAUGGUCGUCUGUUGAUACACUUUGAUGGUUGGACAAAGAGAUAUGACUACUGGAGUGAGCCAGAGUCCAAAGAUCUCCACCCUAUUGGCUACAUGGCUUUAAACGCUCAUUCAACCAACCAUAACUACACACCUGAACUGCAGAGACCCAAAGGUAGGCCCCAGGAAUUUGAUUGGUAUGACUAUCUCCAGGAAAUCGAACAACUUCCUAUUCCAUAUGAAUUCUUUAAUGAGGCUCAGUGUGAGGGAACACAGCCUGAUCUCGAGAAUGAAGUCCUGCAGAAGCUUGGUUACGCCUCUGAUGUUAGCAACCAGCAAGUGAUGUCAUGUUCUUCUUCCAAAGACACUGUGAGACGCUUGGAGUUUGUUGCUAUGAAGAAAUGUACAUUAACACCUGCUGUGGUUGACUUCUUCAACAACAAAUUCAAGUUUUUCUGCCUGUUGCCUGCUAGUCUCAGUGAGGACAUGUUGAAGUAUCCUUCAUUACAGCAGAUUAUCAACCAGGCAGACCAAAUGAUCCAUCUUCUGUGUCCUGGCAACAGAAUGGAGCUGCUUCACUUUGUUGAUCACCCAGGGCUAAGCCUAACCAAGCACAACAAGGACACCCAGUUAAACCAAAUGGUCUCCUAUCUAGCUAAUUGUUACAUUGGACUCCUCAUACAGAAGGAUAUUUUACCCAACCCUCCCAUGAACAUAAUCAAAGGGAUUACAGGAGCUCUUACACCAGAGGCGAUUGACAUUAUGGAGACAAGACUGCGUCGUGUUUUUUAUCUCUAUCUGUUGUGGCUCAGCCAAAUUGAACAUCUUAACAAAGAACAGGGAAUGACUGUGGACAUCCACAUGACAAUACUCACCCAUAUUCAGGGAGACAAGGAAGCUUGUUCAGAGCUUAAUAAAGUGUUCGACCUGUCACACGGCCUCAAAACAACGGGUAUCAACAGCUGUUUAGCACACAGCAUGGCUCUCUCAGCUGGACAAGAUAUGAAGACGAUCGGCUUGGACAGGUUCCAGAUGAUGUACCAAUUCCUACAGAAACUUGACUUCAGAAAGAAUGGACUCAAAGAACUCUCAGAUAACUUUCUCGGGAAAUUCGUCAAACUAGAGGAGUUAGAUUUGAGUGAAAAUCAGCUUCAAAGGCUACCCAAUGGUUUUGGUAGCACAGUAUGGUUGUCCCAUCUCAACAUAAGUAAAAAUAAAAUUUCAGAGCUUCCAGGUGAUCUGUCAACUCUCAAAGAUGUUUUGACUUUCCUGGACAUUUCAGAUAAUCCAUUCAAGGAAAUUCCCAAAGUGGUAUGGUCUCUUGUCUCCCUCAAAUCUCUCCACGCCGACAACAUUGGGAAAAUCGGAGACCUUGAACCCAUUGUCAAUAUGAAGCAGUUAACAGAACUCUCCUUGGCGUCCAAUCUGAUUUCGACUAUUCCUGAAUCCUUUGGCCAGCUAGCGUUGACUUACCUAAACCUUUCCGGAGUUCCCUGGUUUCCAGAUCUUGUGUCGGGAAAAUCUCGACCAACAUUUAAAACAUUCAAGACCAUUCUGAACCAGUAUACUGUGUUUGGUGUCCUUUUGGAUGAAAAAGAAAAGUUUGAGUUGUUCAAUAAAGUUGACAAAGAUGCAUCUGGGACACUGGAGAAGGAAGAACUGCUGGAAAUGAAUACUCUCUUGUUUGGCAUGUAUCCAAGGUUUGGAAUCAAGGAUCUAGCUUAUACUGCAACUGGAGGAGUUCCAGGCGUCAUUUUCAAGUUAACCAGCCUGGAGAGAUUGGAGUUAUCUUUCCACGGCCUGAAACAGAUUCCGGAUGAGAUAGAGGACUUGAAAGCACUGACCAGUCUGGAUGUGUCCAACAACCCUUACUUAGAAAGCAUCAGCAGCCGUGUGGGAGAACUACCUAUGAAAGAAAUCAACCUCAAAUACUGUCCAACUCUGAAGACUCCUCCGAAAGAGGUGGUGGCUCGGGGCUUCAAUGCUGUGUUUGGAUACCUAAAACGUCUUUUGUCUGGUUCUGUCCAAUGUAGACGUACCAAGCUGAUGAUGGUGGGGCUUGGUGGUGCAGGAAAAACUAGUCUCGUACGGUCCUUGACUGCCUCUCGGGCAGUGUAUUAUCACGACUACGGAGAACAAAUCACGGAUGGCAUCAGCAUAACAGAUUGGACAGUGAAGACAAAAAACAAGGACGAGUCGGUGACAUUCAAUGUGUGGGACUUUGCAGGGCAAACUGUCUAUUAUAACACUCACCAGUUUUUCCUGUCAAACCGAGCAGUGUAUCUACUCCUGUGGAACAUCCGACUUGGAUAUGAGCAUGCAGGAUUGGAUUUCUGGCUCAACUCAGUAGUGUGCCACGCUCCUAAGGCUCCCAUUAUCAUUGUAGGAACACACUGUGACAAGGUUGAAAAAUCCAAGAUUCCACAAGAUGAACUGAAACGGAAAUAUCCUCAGAUUGCUGACUUCUUCUUUGUCAGCUCUUACACUGGAGAGGGUAUUGCUGCUUUGAAGGAAUUUCUGGUAAACUUGACUCUACAACAAAAGUAUAUGGGUGAAAGGAUUCCAGAGGCAUGGCUCACAUUGGAGGAAAGAGUGAUCCAAAAAAGGAAUGAAGAAAAACUGGAUUUGAUCAAAUGGAAAGAAGUAGAGGAAAUAGCUUCGAUGUGUGGUAUUGUGGAUGGCCAGGAGCUUGUUCAAGCUGUGCAGUUCCUUCAUGACCUCGGCUCACUUCAGUUCUUCAACACUGAGUUUCUACGUGGCCAUGUCGUCAUUUAUCCACAAUGGAUUGUCGAUGUCAUGGCGUGUAUUGUGACUGUCCACGCAGGACCCACACAAGAAGGAAAACUAUAUCACAAAGACAUGGCGGAAGUGUGGAAGGCAUACCCAAAAGAGUUCCACCCCUGGCUACUGCGACUUACAGAGGAGUUUGACCUGACAUUUCCUCUUGUAGACGAGCCAGCCAACCUUGUUCCCUGUUUACUGCCAAACACAGAACAAAAGUACAAUUGGCCUGCGAUUGAAGAUGGUUCUGGUAUCCAGGAAGGCAAAAUGAUUUAUAGUUUUGAAUAUCUGCCAGCUGGUCUUUUCAACAGAGCCCAGGUGAGACUGCAUCAGUUUGCUGAGAAAGGAAUCCUCUGGAAGAAAGGCAUGUUUCUGAAGAAGAACAACCAUAUUGCUGUGGUCCUUCAGGAUUCUUCUGGAAAAGUUCUGGUGAAGGCCCAAGGAUUCCGUCCCGAGAAUAUGAUCUUCCUUGUCCACGAGGUGUUUGAGACUUUGAUCACAGACGCCUACAGCGGUGUGCAGUAUGACUUUCAGAUCCCCUGCAUGGAGUGUUUGAACAUGCAUCUUAGUGAGCCAAGUAUGUUUUCUGCUACCAAGAUACACAGGGCUGCCGAACUGAAGGCUCCAUUCUUACAGUGUGACAAUCUUUUCCAUGUUUUGUCCAUCUCAGAACUCCAGAAUGCUCUUCCCCCAGACAGAAAUGUUGAUCUUGAUAACCACUUACGACGAAGUGUCCAAGAGCUCCAUGACCUUGGAGAAGGGGUCAAGGUCAAUAUGGUGUUUGUUUACAGUAAGAAAAAUAUCCCUUCACUGCAAGAUGAGGGAAAAAUGGUCCAUCCUGGUACCAUCAUGGAGGACUUGAGAAAUUCUGGAUUCAAUGUGGCGUUCUGUGAUAAUCCAGAGACAGCAGAUAUGUCCGCACUGACCCUCACCAUGAAGACAGCCAAGGUUGUGUUGAUUGGAAUGUCUGAUGAGCUUUGUGAAACUGAGGCUUGUCGUAACAUCAUUAUUUUCGUGAAGGAAACUCUACGGAAACCUAUCGUUCUGGUAGCUCUCGGCAAAGGGCUCAAGUGGAAAGAAUCCAACAUCUACAUCACCUUGAAUGAUGAGGUGUAUGUGAAAAUGCAAGAUCCGAAACACUACAAGAACAAGUUUGUCGAGCUGAAAGAAGCCAUACAGCGAAAGGCCUCCAAAAAAACAGUGGUUGAGGAUAAUCCAGGGUGUUUUGUCAGCUACUGUUGGUCAAACUCCCAUGAUGCAAUUGCCAAGGGCAGUCGCAAGAAGGAAGGUGCACUUGGUUGGGGUGACCCGCGGAAAAUAAAAAAUUUCCUAGAGAGUAAAGGCAUUUCCUGUUGGCUAGACAUUGAACGUGUCGGAGGGGGUGGCUUGUUCGAGGAUAUUGCUGGUGGUUUGAGGAAAGCUCAAGUUGUUGUGGCCUGUGUGUCAGACGAGUAUGCCAAUUCCACCAACUGCCAGAUGGAGUUCCGUUUUGCUCUCUGCCAGCUCCGUUUGCCCAUCAUACUUGCAGUGGUUGGCACAGGUUAUCAAUGGGAGAGGUCAGAGAUUGGUAUGCUUGCCGUUGGACACCAGAGUGUAAAAUUGAACUUUCAGAAUGAAAACAAUAGCGCAUAUGAUCAGCUGUUAAAUGAGGUCAAAUCAAGGGUCAAGGUCAAUACAAAUCAAGAUGAGGCGAAGAAAGGAGAAGAUAUACAGAAAGUUGCAUUCCAGGAAGUACUGGAGUUAUCGCAGCGUCAGUUCCUGAGACAUCUAGUAGGCUACGCUGAUGCCAUGUUCAGCGGCCAUUACCCACGUCUUAUUGUUCUGGACUUAGUAGAGGAAGAAGCACCACCAGAGGAAGAGAAAAAAGUGGAAGAAGUGUUGACAGAUGAACAGAGGAAGGAAGCUGAGGCUAGAGAUAAGGAAAAACACGCCAACUUGGCUAAAGUGAAAGAGGCUGCGAAGAAUCUGAAAGAUGGAAAGGAAAAAUCUGAAGCUGAGAAAAAAGAAGAGGAGGAUGAGGAAGAAGAGGAGGACGAAAGUACAAAAUGGAAAUCAAAAUAUUGCUAUAGACUUCUUUGUGAACAUGAGGAGGGUUGGCAUACAGUGGACUCAACUAUCCCAUCACCAGAACAUGAGGGCAAGGAGGAAGAGGAACAAUGGCUGAAUUCUAUGGCUCCCUACAUGGCACGAAUGUUUGCCAUCCUCAAAUACUCGAGCCUUAAUAUGGCUAGUCUGAACACUCCUGAAGGUCAAACACUACAAACAAAACUACAGACGAUUGCCACAGAUCUGAAUAAGAAUGAAUUCCAGGAAGAAUACACAGAGAUUAGGGCGAGUGUGAUGGACAUUGAUAAGGCAAAGACAGCAGGAGGCUUGAAAAGAUGCCACAUGCUGAAUGGAAAGACCUUGUGGCUUUGUGACAAACAUCGUGGCCAAAGUGGCAGCAAGACAGAGAAGUUAUACCAACAACUUCUGAUGCCACAUGAAGAUCCAGGCAAAGCCGUUUUGGGCCAACAAGAAACUGAGCAGACACAGAGUCAAGCCACCAGUCGGAAAGAGACAAAGGAGCCACCAAAAUCAAAAUUGUUCCGCAUGAGAGAAACGGGUGGUUCCAAGUCAGCAAAGUUGAAGAGGCAAACCAGUCAAGCAUGCAGUGUGAUGUGA